UGUCUUCCAAAGCAAGCAGUUGUGGUAUCCACUAGCUGUACAAUAGCGAUGGCUGUGUGCUAUAUUCCAGCUGGACCAUAGCUCCAUUAUAAACAGCUAUGGUGACUGUUUUCGCCCUUUUCGCGAUUUUUUAUCUUAUCACUACGGGAUUUGUGACAACGUUACCUACAGUAGUCAAGAUAGGUGCUAUUUUUACAGAAGAUCAAAAAGAUAGUGCCGUAGAAUUGGCAUUUAAGUACGCAGUGUACCGUAUAAAUCGGGACCGUAACAUCUUGCCUAAUACCACCCUAAUGUAUGACAUCCAGCAUGUACCUCACGACGACAGCUUUCAUGCUUCCAAGAAAGCUUGCAUGCAAGUAAGCUCCGGAGUGAGCGCUAUCUUUGGCCCUCAAGAUCCUCUAUUGGGUAGUCAUAUUCAGUCACUUUGCGACGCGUUAGAUAUACCUCACGUAGAGUGUCGACUUGACAUGGAACCAGAAAUAAAAGAAUUCUCUAUCAAUCUUCAUCCAAGCCCGAGAAUAUUAGGUAAUUCCAUCAGAGAUCUAAUAAGAUAUCUCAAUUGGACCAAAGUUGCAGUCAUCUACGAAGAAGACAUGUCAUUAAUCAGUCUUCAAGAAUUACUUCGUCCGCCUUUACCUCGUGAAUUACAAGUAAUAUUUCGUAAAAGCAACAAAGAAAUGUUUCGACAAGUCCUAAGAGAUAUUAAAAGUAGGGGAAUUUACAGCGUUAUAGUCGAUACGAAGCCGGACAGUCUGCCAGUUUUGCUUCAAGCUAUCCUUCAAGUACAGAUGAAUGAUUAUAAAUAUUAUUACCAUUUUACAACAUUUGAUCUGGAAGCGUAUAGUUUGGAAGACUUCAAUUAUAAUUUUGUAAAUAUGACUGCCUAUAGAAUGGUAGAUGCUGAUCAUCCAUCCGUUAGGCAAACGUUAAAAGAUAUGGAAAAAUUUCAACCCAUUGGCCAACAUAUACUAAAUAGGACCAAUGUUAUUAAGGUUGAACCGGCUUUGAUGUACGAUUCUGUUUACGCAUUAGCUCAUGGAAUCCAUUCUCUUCAUCUCGGAGCAACUUUAAGACCUACUAAUGUAUCAUGUGAGGAUGAAGUACCUUGGAAUGAUGGAAGCAGCUUAUUCAAUUAUAUAAAUUCGGCAGAAUUUAGAGGACUUACUGGAAAAAUACAGUUUAAAGAAGGAAGAAGAAAUAGCUUGAAGCUGGAUUUAUUAAAACUGAGAGAUAAAAAAUUAGAAAAAGUUGGAGAAUGGUCAACGACAAACGGGUUAAAUAUUACUAAUCACACUGUUUUUCAUGAGUUUAGUGUGACUAACAUUACACUGAAAGUAACGACAAUUCAAUCGCAGCCUUAUGUAAUGCUUAAAGCUGAUCAUAAUUUGACCGGAAACGAGAGGUUCGAAGGCUUUUGUAUCGAUUUGUUAAAAACCAUAGCCGAUCUACUUGGAUUUAGUUAUGAACUAUAUUUAGUUCCAGACAAAAAAUUUGGAGCUGAAAACACAACAACGGGAGAAUGGAAUGGUCUUGUUAGAGAAAUUAUUGAUAAAAAUGCGGAUUUAGCAGUCGCUCCGAUGACUAUAAACUACGUUCGAGAAAGUGUUAUAGAUUUCACCAAACCCUUCAUGAAUCUUGGAAUCGGUAUAUUAUUUAAAUUGCCAAAAAAUUUACCAGCUCGGUUAUUUUCUUUUAUGAGUCCACUAGCAGUGGAUAUUUGGCUUUACGUGCUUGCUGCUUACGUCCUUGUGAGUUCUACGAUGUUUAUCGUGGCCAGAUUUAGUCCGUACGAGUGGCAAAACCCACAUCCGUGCGUUGCGGAAACCGACGUGAUGGAGAACCAGUUUAGUUUAGCAAAUAGUUUCUGGUUUACCAUCGUAACCCUGAUGCAUCAGGGCUGCGACCUAAAUCCCAAGGCCACGUCGACACGUAUAAUAGGUGCAAUCUGGUGGUUCUUCACUUUAAUAAUGAUCUCCUCGUACACAGCCAAUUUAGCCGCAUUUCUGACUGUAGAGCGAAUGAUCACACCUAUUGAAAGUGUAGAAGAUUUAGCCGAGCAAAAUAAAAUUGCUUACGGUACUCUAGAAGGUGGCUCCACAAUGACCUUCUUUAGGGAUUCAAAAAUAGAUACUUAUCAAAAAAUGUGGCGUUAUAUGGAAAGUAGGCCUUCGAUGUUUGUAAGUUCAUAUGAAGAAGGAGUAAGGAGAGUUUUAGAAGGAAAUUAUGCAUUUCUGAUGGAAUCUACCAUGCUAGAUUUCAUGGUUCAGAGAGACUGCAAUUUAACUCAAGUAGGAGGACUUUUAGAUUCUAAAGGAUAUGGAAUUGCUACUCCAAUGGGUUCACCCUGGAGAGAUAAAAUUUCUCUUACUAUUCUUGAUUUGCAAGAAAAAGGUGUAAUUCAUAUGCUCUAUAACAAAUGGUGGAAAAGUCCGGGUAUUAUGUGCUCCAGAGAUGAUAAAAACAAAGAAAGUAAAGCCAACUCUCUGGGUGUAGACAAUAUUGGAGGCGUUUUCGUUGUAUUGUUAUGUGGGCUAGCUAUUGCUAUUUUGACAGCGAUAUUCGAGUUUUUCUGGAAUAGCAGGAAAAACGCACAAACGGAACGGAACCUGAUUUUCUGUUCAACUCAGCAAUCAUUAUGCUCUGAAAUGGCCCAAGAAUUAAGAUUUGCUGUAAAGUGUAGAGCAUCGAGACAAAGACCAGCUUUAAGAAGGCAGUGUUCGAAAUGUAUACCAGGUACAACGUAUGUCCCAGCUGCGAUGGAGGUGCCUCAAGAAAAUGGAAUCAUGCAAAUGAUAGAAAUGAGAAAAUCACCUGUAACUUUUGAUUGCACGGAAUCUUAG